AUGUUACUACCUAGAAAUACUCCAAAAAAUAUACGUUAUAUAGUAUGUUAUUUAUUAAUGAUAUGGAUAUUUUCAUUUUCAUCAUAUCGAGAUUAUUUAAUUCGAAAAACGAUACAAAAUCAACCGCAAUUAAUUAUAUCAGAAGAAUAUUCGAUGUUAUUAAAAUUAAUUUCAAUUGCAAUAUUUAUACUUGGACAAAUAUUUGUUUUAUCAUCUUUUUAUAAACUAGGUAUUACUGGAACAUUUCUAGGUGAUUAUUGUGGUAUUUUAAUGGAUGCACCAGUAACAACAUUUCCAUUUAAUGUAUUAAACAAUCCAAUGUACGUUGGAUCAACAUUAUCAUUUUUUGCUUUAGCAUUAUAUUAUUCUUCACCAGUCGCAAUCGAUUCUACUGAUGUACCUAAUGAUACAUUAGAACGUUUACGAAAUAUAACACAAAUGUUCAGUGGAAGAGUAGAUGAACAUCAACAAUUACAAAAAGUUGAAAGAUUUACACCAAGUGAAAAAAUUAAAAAUACAUUUCAAAAAUUUCAAGACAUAGGUUUAUCAAAUGGACAACUUGAAGAUGAAGAUAAUGAUGAUGAUGAUAAUAAUAAUGAUACAAAUUCACAAUUAGAUGGAAUUAUUCGAUCAAAAAGAAUAAAGAAACCAGCAAAAGAACAUAUUCCUUAUCAUGAAAUGGCGGAAGUGAAAGAUAAAUUUGAAAAAGGUUUAAUUGAUAGCAAUAAACCACGUGUAGAAAAACGUUUAGAUGUUCGUGUACAAAGUGGAGAAUUUGAACAAGAAACUGAACCACAUGUUAAUAAAAUACAAAUAGAAACGGAUCUUGUUGCUGGUUUAACAUCAUCGAAAAAACAAGCAUUUCAACAACAACAAAUGGAGAAUGAAACAAAUACGAUGAAUAAAACUAUUAUUACGGAACGUGAUGCAUUAGUUGGUGUAGCAACAGCGAAAAAAGCUAAAUUUGAAAGUGGACAAUUAUCAGAUCGUCCAAGAAUAUCAAUAUGUCCUGAUGAAAUAGCAAAUAUUGUUGGAGCAGGCCUUGCUCAAGCCAAACGUUCAGAAUUAUUAUCAAAAAUUGAUGCUGAACAACAAAUACAACGUUCAUCUGAUCGAUUUAUUGAUAUUGAUGCAGAACAAGGUUUAGCAACAACUCGACGUGAUCAAUUGGCAUCAUUAGCUAAUAGUGAAUUUAAAUCUACAGAAAAAUCGAUUGAUGUAACAGCUGGAUUAGCAACUGCAAUUAAAGAACAAUAUAUAGCUGAUGCAAGUAAGGCAACAUCAAAAAUAUCAGUUCCAAUGGAUGAUAUUCAAAGUGGUAUGACUAAGAAUCGAACAACAGCAUUUGAAAAACUUGAUGAAACGACAGUUAAACGAACAGUAGAUAUUGAUAGUGAACUUCGUGAGCGUGGUGUAGCAAAAGAACGCGUAGCUAUGUUUAAAAAUUUGGAAAAUGGUACACAAUCAUCAACAACAACAACAAACGGUUCUGGUGAUACAAAACUACGUAUUGAUGCUUUUCGAUGGCACGUUAAUAUGUGUCAACCAAUAAAUGGUACUCUUUCAAAAAGAAAACAUCCAAAAAUUGUAGGUCCUCGCAUUUUCUUGUGGGAUUAA